ACUUAUUAUUGUUGCCCUCCUAUAGAUAAUAUUAUUCCUGUAAUCCGGAAAGUUUUGUCAAACUCUAAUAUUACCAUGAUUCUACUUGUACCAAACUGGCCGGCAGCCAGCUUCUGGCCGUUUUUGUGCCCGACAGGAAAAUUCCUUCCAGAAAUUAAAGAAUUUUUUAUUUUUACUCCAACCUUUAAUCAAGAUCAGGCAAAUUCUCUUUUUAGCAGGAAACCUCACUCAUUUAUUGCCUUCAAGAUUAUUACCGGAAUUUCGCAAGAUAAUUUCAAUAAUUAGCUAAAAUUUCUCAUAAAUUUUACCCCCUUUGCACAUUUCACCAAAAUUGUUAUCAAAAUAUUGUGAUCGACUUUUAACUGUAUCUGAUUGUACUGUAUCAUUGGUAAAAUCUAUAUUAUCCGUUUUUUUUUUUUUGCAGAAUUAUGUUUCAAACUAAAGACUUUUUGACUCCAAGGAUCCCAGCCUCGCCAAUACCAUCAACAAUAUCCCUAAACAAUUCUCACAUGAUCAAUCUCAAUUUAGUGUCUACUGAUUUGAUAGAACGAAAUCUGCCGAAGCCUAACACUGAUAACUUAACAUUCGUAGCUGCCAGCGCGGAUCAACAGUUUCCACCGCUACACAUUACAGAAAACCCGAUGCUAGUCGACAAUGCAAAUUUGGCAAAUUCGACCAUCUCAAUGGCACAAGAAACCUUAGCUGUUCCUAAGCUCGAUAUUCCAUUUGGCCUUGACAUAACCUUAUUUCCGAAUGUUUAUGAAUUUAUCAUUAAAAAUCCUUCGCUAAUUGACGCUGCAAAUAUUAUGCUAACUCCAGCAGUAGCGAAAUCUACACUUAAGUCUUAUUCACAAGUAGUAAACGACUUUAAAUCUUUUUGUCUGGAGAAUAAUUAUUGUUUGUCCAAUUUAAGGGAACAAAAUGUAAUAGAUUAUAUCGGAGUUUCAUUUUCCGAGAAAAGAACUUUCUCAUAUUUCUGUAAAUUAAUACCUAGUUUAGUUUUAUUAGAAAAUCUGAUCAAACCUUCUGGUAGAAGCUCAGUUCUUACAGAAAGGGUGCAAGCUAUAUUGAAUAGUUUUAAAAGGAAAUUAAGUGAAACAAAAGCCCCCGUCAAGAAAGGCUUGCUUUGUCCUAUUGAUCAUUUCAAAUCUAUUAUUCAACACGAAAUAGUUCCUUACGUGAAAUCUCCACAUAAUAUUAACCCGAUUAAGUUCCGCUCCUUGUUCAGAGCAAUUUUCAUUUACUUCACUUUCUGUCGGUUUGACGACUUUCACGAUUUAAGAGAUCAAGAUUUUGUUAACCAUGGCGAUUUUCUAGAAGUUAAUUUUCGAAAAUCUAAAAACGAUCAAUUUUAUCAAGGUACAAAUUCUAUAUUAGUUCCCUCGAAUGAUCCCAUAUUAUGUCCAGUUCGUAUCACUCAUCUUUAUUUUGUAAAGUUUAACUUAAAUUUCCAAGGCAGUUCUUUUAAAAAGAAGUUUGUAAAUUUUCGCAUUCAAAAUAAAAAUGGUAAAGUUACCCCUCUUACUGAAGUUAUGCUUUCCCAAAGCAAUGCGACCAAAUAUACCAAACAGCUUCUUGUAGAGUAUAAUGUUCCUGCAACUAUUGUAGAGCGUUUUACAGAAAAGUCGUUGAAAAUUGCGGGUGUUACAGGGCUCUUAGACUCCGGGGAACCUUUAGAAAAUGUUGCAAUUGCCGGUCGCUGGAAAUCGUCUACAACCCCAAUGCAUUACAGAAAUACUUCUUACAAAUUCCGGAAAAAUAUUGCGAAAAAUAUUCCUUUAUCUUCAUUAUAAGAUCUUAAAUCUGGUCAAAAAUAUUUGAACUUGUUCUCGUAAUUGUAUGUAAUGUAAUUUGUACUGAUUGAAGCCGACAUCUAAUUCCUUGCUUCCUACCAGCGUUUUCUAUUUUUAAUCUCUAGCCAGUAUUCUCAUCUAAUAAAUUUUCAUGUAAAAUAGUUUCGCUAAACCUGUAUACUACAUUUUCUAUAUUAUUUAUCAAUUUUAUAAU